AUUAUACAAUCUUUAGUUUGGUACAGAAGUCAUUAAUGGAGAGCAAAGCUGUUGGGUUCUGUGCUGUUGUAGCAGUGCUCGGAAUAAUAGCAGCAGCUGCUGGUUUUGCGGGGGAGAUCACUAGGGUUAAGGCUUCUGAGGUUUAUAUUUUAGGUAAUGCGUGUGUAUAUCCAAGUAGUCCAGCUCUUGCUCUUGGAAUCGUAGCAGCCGUGUUCACAAUCAUUGCACGAGUUUACAUAAGCGUUACAUUUGGUGGAUGUAGUUGUUUUCGAAAUGACCCUAAUUCCACCCCAAUUUCAAAACUCCUUGGUGUAUUAUCAUGGGUAGCUUCGGUUAUAGCUGUGAUUCUAUUGCUCGCAGCUGCAGGACUAAAUAAUAGAGAAGGUGGACAGGUUGAUUCAUAUGGUUAUUUUACAUGUUAUGUUGUAAAGCCUGGAAUCUUUGCAGCUGGAGCUAUUCUCUCUCUUCUAAGUGCAGCUUUCGGGAUUGCUGCUUAUGUUACUUUAGUUCCUGCAGCUACACAGACGACCGUAAAUCCUGCGGUUGCGUUCCCAGUGGGUCCUAAUGUUGAUCCAGAGAAAGGUGGAGUGCCUUUCCCUCCUCAACAAUACCCUCCACAACAAUACCCUCAACAACAAUAUUGAAAAAAAGAGAAAGUUUGAACAAAGGAUGUUGCUUUGACGCUAUAUAUAUGUUUUAUGGAUUUGUUUUCGAUUUCCAGUUUUUACAUAUCUUAAUUAAUAUAUUUGGGUUUCUUAGGGUUUCAA